CCACGCCACCCAUCUCCAUCUUCGCCCACGCACCCGCACGGUCGCACGCACGCACGCGCCAAUGUCGUGGCUCGCGCGCUCCAUCGCGGCGACGCUCUCCUCGCCGCGCGGCGAGCCGGACCCCGACGCCGACGAGCCCGACCACGCCGGCGACAGGGCGUCCUCCCCGGAGGGUUCCUCCCCGCGUGACCCCGACUCCGACGAGGCCGAGCAGCCCGACACCCCGAGCCGCCGCGGCGUCAAGGACGACAUCUCCGAGCUCACCGAGACCCUCACCCGCCGGCUCUGGGGCGUCGCCUCCUUCCUCGCGCCCCCGCCCCCGCCGGAGUCCUCCACCCCGCGCGGGGAGGAGGAGGAGGAGGGUAGGGAUGGGGAAGAGGAGUCAGCGCAGUCGCCGCGGAUCGCGGGGAUCCGGAGCGAUCUGGCGGAGAUUGGGGGGAGGGUGAGGAGCGGCAUCUCGAUGCUGCAGAGCAACAAGGCGGUGGCGGAGAUAUCCAAGAUCGCGUCCUCCCUCCUGCCAUUUGGGCAGGGGGAUGCGGACGAGGGGGAGCCCGUGGCUGGCGUCACUGAGGAGGUUGUGGUGUUCGUGCGGCACAUCUCGACCAGGCCCGAGACUUGGCUCGAUUUCCCACUGUUCAUCAGUGAGCGCUAUGCAGAUGACUUUGAACUUUCGGAUGCUCAGUAUGUGCAUGCAUUAUCCAUGGAGCACCUUGUGCCAAGCCUGUCAGAUAUAAAAGCUGCCAUUUGCUCUACUGAUAUGAGUGAAGCAUGUUUCUGGAAGAUAUAUUUUGUGCUUCUGCACUCGAAACUCAACAAGCAAGACGCUGAACUUCUUUCAACACCACAGAUCCUACAAGCAAGGGAGGAAUUGCUGCAAAGUUUACAGACUAAGAAUAAGCGAGGAUCUGAGGUUCCGGAGGAAGAGGAAUCAUCAAAAACUGUGAUUAUGUCCUCUGCCCCUGCUGAAGAGAAAGUGAUACAACCUUCAAGCAUUGAAAACAAAGCUGGAAAACCAGAGGUUUCAUCGUUCGAAGAACCCAGUUCUGAUAUCUCGCCAGAUGUCGAGGCUGAAAAGUUCCCCAUUGCAAUUACAGAGAUGGAAAUAGUAGACAAGUCGGUAAUUGAAGAAGAGUUGUCAGUGAAAAAUGAAACCAAGAGUUUAGCCAUCGAGCCCAAAAUUCAUUCCGAGACUGAUGAAGAUGAAGUUGAUGAAUGGCCUGAUGAUGACGACGAUGCAGAAGAGGUGGUUGGCACAGAAGGUAACAGAACUUCACUGGGACAGGAGGAAGAUGUAUCGUUCAGUGAUCUGGAGGAUGACGAUGACGAUGGCAAUAAAGGGAUAGCGAAGUAGCUAGGCGGGCUCAAGGUAUGGUCCCAGACUCCCAGUGCAAUCAUCACUUUCCGACAGUCCCAUAAGCACAUGCUGGCUUCAUUUCAGUAGCGGCAGAUACGCAUUAAGGGAUCAUUACUUUGUUAUUAUUAGGCCCAUGAAGUGAUGAACCCCCAAACUUGCUCAGUCUGGGAUACCCUGCUUAGAGCCGUAAUGAUAGGGCAAUGCCUCAGCUCGUGUUAAUGCUGAUGGCGACUACAUCUGUAUUAUUGACCUCUCUGCCUGUACAUAGAGCCCUCUGGGCGUGCUGUUAUAACCCAAGGUACGUACUACAACCACUGUGUUUGAUCUGAAGUUUCCUUGUCGCCGCUCUUUUCGUACGACAAGAGUCUACUGUUUGCUCACCGUACUUUGGAUUA